UCAAGAAAUAUUUGUGUACUGCAUUCAAUUUUCUUGACUGUUCCCGCGCUUUUAUUGAUGCGUCCUGGAUAUAAACUUAUGUAAAAAAUACGUUGAUUUCUGAUAUUCCUGAAGGAUAUUAGUGCACAUCAUUCGCACGCCGAAAGUCGUAUUGUUAUCAGUCACCGAAGAUCUUUGAUGUGUCCGGCGGAAUUGCUUUACCGAAUUCAUCGGUUUGUUUAGAUUGCAACUUCUAAGAAAGUUAUUAGACAAUGGAUAGCAGUCCAGGAAAGUUACUUUAUACUCCACGGCGAGCACAGAAAUGUCUUUUUGCACCGUCCAGUGACAAGUCUGCUAAAAAAAGCGUUUCUCGGGAAUCAGAGCAUAUCAGAGAUGACAAGUCCUCGGGAGAUGAAUCAGAUUUGGGGCCCAUGUCACCUUUGGCUCUCACUGAUCGAAGUCCAAGUAUCAGCGAUCAGAGUACUUCAGGCAGAGAAUUUGUCUCUCCACUUGCGACACCUGAAAAGUCAAUCGUCUCCAAUACGUCUGUGUCCUGGGAUCGUUUAAGAUUCAACAUGGAGGAACGCAUGUCACCCUUUAGGUCACUUAAAAAGGUCACCAGGGAGGCUAGAAAUUCACCAAGAUGUAAAAUGUUCUCUGCUAGCCACUUUCAGAGAUCGUUGUCAUCCAGUCCAAGGGAACUGAUGGGUCAAUUGACACCGCAACGCUCAAAGACAAACGCGGAACAAAUGAACGAAGUAGUACCAGAAACACCCCAGCGAAGCUUCGCCACGGAGAUACAGAAUCAAAGUAUCACAGAAACACCUCGAAAGAGCAGUACUCUCGAGAGCAAGCAAAUGACGCCGUUGAGUUCUGUAAGCAAGACGGUUCCGUUGCCAAAACUGCACAGGCGAAAGUCUUUCAGUACGAUUGAAACGAGCGUGGGUUUCUCGCCUGAGCAGAAGGAGAACACAUUGAAGAGGCGUGCGCGCGAGCAGUCGGGAGCGAAACCAACGAAACUGUUUAAGGGAGACGACGGCUUCGUGCCUAAAGCGAGAGCAUCGCUGUUUCAGGAGAGGAAACACGAACACGAUAGCUUAAAGGAUUUCUCAUUAAGUACGAAAACGUUUUACAGCGGCAACGUGAAGAAGUCCGAGCGGCCUUUCAGCAGCUACAAGAGCAGCGACAUUAAAAGGAGACGAAGUUUACCUCCACAAAACAGCAGUAGACGUUCAUUGACAAAGAAGCGGAAAUUUGGUAAGAUAAACGCUGGUGUCGGUCAUGGGAUCAAGAAACCGAAACCUAAGGUGAAUACAGAGGCAUUGAAAAAUGAGGGACAGCAUGUUAUUCAGCUUCUCACAGCUUCGAGCAAGAGUUCACCUGUGGAAGAAGCUCAACCGAUGGCAGCAAACACGAUUGCGGAAAGGGCCCCGUCGCCAAUGAUCGACGAGAAUAAGCGAUUUUUUAAAACCAACAAGACAAUCAGAUUAAAUCAAGCAGCUACGGUAACGGUAAAUGAUAAGAUUAAGUUGAAGGUCGCGGAUGGUAAAAUUGAAUUGAAAGAGAAUCAAAAACGCGCUCCAUCCACGAAUCCACAUAAGCAAAAGCUAAAAGCUAUGAACGUCUCUCUGGAUGCCACCGAUCUGACCGUCGACGAACCGGAAGUUGAGGCUACAUUGCAGCAGGACAAAGUUAAUGAUCUCUUGAAAAUUCUAGAGGAUGACUGGGCGAACGACGAGUACGAUACGAUGGCAUCAUUGACCCAUAUAGCGAAUGCGUUUUCUCCGUUACAUUCGACGACGACGUUGUCAAAAGACACAAUUAUGUCUCCAGCUACCGAGCUUAGCAACAUGACUUCGACGAUGAACAUUACGGACGCCGCUCCUUUGAAUAACUUCGGAAAUCUUUCACUUGAGAACGCUAAUAAUAGUAAUAAGAAUAAUAAUAAUGAAAAAGAAACUGAAAAAGAAAUCGAAGAGGAUACCGAAAAAAAAUAUUUUCCGUUAUUUAAUAAAGGAUAUUCUGUACCUGAUAAUAUUUUUGAAGAGACAAGUAAUGCCAAUACUACAAAAGCAACAAAAAGAAAUAUGCAAUGGCAGCUAUCCACGAAAGGUGGUGGUUCAGAAAAUCAGUAUCAGCUAGACGCUGGUCAGAAACGUUUCGGCGCUAUUCAAUGUCCAGAAUGCAACGUUGUGUACCAAGUGGGUGAUCCUGAGGAUGAAAACGCUCACUUGAAUUAUCACAAUAGCACACGGAUUUUAAAAUUCCAUGGUUGGAAGAACGAGCGAGUUAUAUUGGAGGAUCCUUUUAUCUCCAGCAGAAUAAUCUUAAUCGAGCCACAUGACCCCAAGCAACAUUGGAAGAAAGUGUUGGAGAUUUUAGUCGUUGUAGAUAGGGAUUUGGGACUGGCGGACAUGAAUAUUUCGGAUUACCAGAACAAGAAGAUUUUCUUGUAUAUACGCGAAAAAAACGUUCUCGGAGUAUUGGUGGCAGAACAUAUCAAAACGGCGUUUCGCAUGAUUCCUGAACUAAUCGAACUUAACUGUUGCACCGCAGAGAGUACACCUACAAAAUGUGGCAUAAACGUCGUUUGGACCGCGAUGAGUCAUCGCAAACAGAGUAUAGCCACUAAACUCGUCGAUACUUUGAGAGCCAAAUUCUUCUAUGGUUACGUGAUGUCGUUGGACGACAUAGCGUUCUCAAUACCGACUCCAAGUGGCAAAAUCUUCGCCGAGAAAUAUACGAGAACGAAAAAUUUCAAGGUUUACAACUGAAUCCACUAUACUUAAGCUCCAACAUUCGUUCUUUCUAAAUGGUUGCGUCUUUUGCAUUGUUAGCGAAACAACUACUUAAUACAUUAUACAUCUUAUUUUAUCGUAUUUUAUCUUAAUAGUUAUGUAUUUUUGU